GCUCGUAGCCCCUGAGUCCGCCGUGUAAACAUUGCGGCGGCGCCCGUGUGUUGUGUCCCCGGCGGCGAGCGUGGCCCGGCCUGACACACUGAAGGGAGGAAACACCCCCGACCUGACCAGCCCCUUAGUCACUGAAGGAGAAGAAGGUGCUCACGGCCACCCCAGCAGGACAUUGAGGCGCGUCACUGCAUCACUACAUCUACAGGCCGUGGUUCCAUGGCCUGCCCGGACCCCUGAAACACUGCAGAAGAACCCCGGCCACCGGCGAUACGUAACCUGGUGCUGCAGGGCCCGGAGCACCUGCCGCCAGGAGGCCACGAGUCCCUGCCAGCAGGUGACCCUUGCUGCGGGAGGCUGCCACUUAGUGUCUGCUAGAGGGGGCACGGAGGUAGGUAAGGGAAAAUGAGCAAAGCAGGCGCCAAGGCGCGGACGCUGAAGAAGGCGGUGGAGAAGGUGGUGCACGGCAACCUCAUCAGGACCAACAUUCCCGCCGGCAUGGCCAUCGCCGGCCCGCCCCUCGGGCCCAUGCUGGGCCAGCGUGGCCUUAACAUUGCAGCGUUUUGCAAGGACUUCAAUGCUCGAACUUCACACUAUAUUGAGGGCGUCCCGCUGCCCUGCAGGAUAAACGUCAAGUCAGACCGCUCCUAUGAACUUGUCAUCCACAACCCACCGUCCACAUUCUUCCUCAAGCAGGCAGCCGGGAUACAGAGAGGAGCCAUGUCUCCAGGCAAAGAAAUUUCUGGCAAGUUAACCUUGAAGCACAUCUAUGAAAUAGCCAAGAUAAAGCAGCAGGACCCGCCCCUAGUGCUCACACCGCUCAAACAGAUCUGUGAAUUGGUCAUCGGUGCUGCUCACUCGUGUGGGAUUGAGAUUGUCAAGGAUUUAGAUCCCAAGGAAUACGGAGAAUUCCUUGAAGAGCGCAAGUCAGUGAUUGAGGAGCAGCUGAGAGAACUACAGGAGAAGAAGGAGGCAAAGCUGCUGAGGAAAUAAUUAUAUGCUUGAUAUUGCCUUGCAUAUUGUACUUUGUAUAUAGAAUCCCUUACUACUGUGUAGUAGUAAACUGCUGGAAGGUAGAAUUUUGUUUAAAGUUUACAGUAAAAGUGAAAUGUUUA